CAGCUCCGAUUCCCUGACACCAUCCGCAAUGGAUCUCAUGAUCUGCUCCAUGUGCGGAGCCCAGCACUCUACGCGUGCCGCAAAGUCCUGUAAAGUAUGUGAUGACCCACGACAAUAUGUUCCACCAGAUGGUCAAUCAUGGACGACUCUCCGCGAACUUCAACUCUCAGGCAAAUACCACAAUACCUUCCAACAUGACCCUUAUCACAGCGGUGUUAUUAGCAUCUGGACCGAACCACAGGUUGCGAUAGGUCAGCGAGCUAUACUGUGUUGUACCGACAAAGGAAAUGUGCUUUGGGAUUGCAUAACGUACAUCGACGACGAGACAGUGAAUCGGAUUAAAGACCUAGGCGGUAUUUCGGCGAUCGUGAUAUCGCAUCCGCAUUAUUAUUCAACAUGUCUGCACUGGGCGGAAGCAUUUGGUUGUUCGGUGUAUCUUUCGGCCGAGGAUGAGGAGUGGAUAAUGAGGAAGGGGGAUGCGCAGAAGCUGUGGGAAGGUAACGAGAUGGAGUUGUUGGAUGGGGAGUUUAAAGUUGUGAAAGUGGGAGGGCAUUUUUAUGGAAGCUCAGUGAUGCUAUGGAAAAGUGAGAAAAAGUUAUUCGUGGCGGAUAGCAUCACGGUGGUUCCGAGUGGUGUAUAUCAUGUCGACCGACCGAGAGGGACAGCUUCUUUUACUUUUAUGUGGAGCUACCCGAAUAUGAUACCGCUUGCGCCUGACUUAGUCCAUGGGAUCUGGCAAGCCGUCGCAGAUUUAGACUUCGAAGACACCCAUGGCGCUUUCUUGUUAAAGGAUACCCGAGGAAGGAGUAAAGAGCGCCUACUAGACAGUGCGAAGAUGUUCGUGAACUCGAUGGGGCAUUGGGAGCAUGCGAUCCACAAAGAGACUAUCCAACCACUUCUAGCAACGGGUUGAACGCAAUGAAAUAUACUCAAGGCAGAGAGACACGGGUUGAGGGUUUAUUAAAGCCUUCUAGUUGCUUAACGCCCCCCCGACAGCUCUCCUAUGCGUCCGAUAUUUUCGAUCAGUAGACUGCCGGAAUGAAAGAUUGGGAUGGUGUGAAAGGCUUCAGAACGUAUACCAAGCUGUUGAAGGAGCUCUAUUUUCACCCGAUGGACUGGACCAGUUUGACGUGAAUGACUGACGUGAGGAAGGAAUGCUCCAGAAAACAAGAAAUAUAACAGUUUCACGCUUCCCGUAAAAAAGAUGGGAGAAUAUAUCUGCGUAAAUUAGAACUAUGUAAGUGGCAGGCUAUCGGCGAUGAACGAGUAGGCUCUCGAUUCUCC